AAAGAAUAUAACCUCUAAAGACUAAAGAGCAAAAUGAGAAACCUAGUAGAAGAAAAGUUCCUAGAGUUCUAUGAGAGUUGGGUUCUACAACUUGAGCUAUAUCUUCAUCAACUUUUAAUUGCUCAUAACAACAAGACUAUGAGUGAGACCGAGCUUCGAGCUUUGAUCUCGAAGCUAACUACACAUCACAAAGCUUAUUACACAGCCAAAUGGGCAGCCAUAAAAGAAGAUGUUUUAGCUUUCUUUGGACCGAUUUGGCUAAACCCGUUAGAGAAAGCUUGCUUUUGGUUAACCGGAUGGAAACCGUCUACUGUGUUUCGGAUGGUUGAUAGGCUGAGGAAGUACUCGAGGGUGGUGCUUGUGGAGGCUCAGGUGAGGAAAUUGGAGGAGCUGAGAGUUAAGACCAAGUUCGAUGAGCAAAAAAUUGAGAGAGAGAUGGAGCGGUAUCAGGUGGCUAUGGCUGAUCGGAAGAUGGUGGAACUGGCGAGGCUUGGAUGUCACUUAGGAGGAGAAUCGGUGGUGGAGGUGGAGGCGGCGGUGAGGGGAUUAGCGACGGGUCUUGAGAAGAUGGUGAAAGCGGCGGAUUGUGUACGGCUGAAAACGCUUAAAGGUAUUUUAGACAUUUUAGCACCACCACAGUGCGUUGAGUUUUUGGCAGCGGCGGCUACGUUUCAGGUUCAGUUACGUCGGUGGGGAAACCGAAGACAUAAUGUCACUCACUCCUGACACAAACUUAAGGGUUGUUUCCUCUGUUGUCAUGUUUUUUUUUUGUUCUUUUUUAUUACCAAUAAGAAUGAAAACAUUUUAACUUC